UUGUAGAAGUUCGUAGAAAGAUACAGCAGAAUUGUUGUGUCGGAUUAGAACGUGGCCUACACAUUUUUAAUAAAUUACAGCUCUCGCAGAACGAUCUGACAACAUGAGUGAAAUAAAACCCAAUGACGUGGUGGCCGACAGUGCAGCCGAUGCUGGAGAGGAGAAAGACUGGGCAGCUGCCAAGGCAUUUUUUGACAACUUGAAAACGAAGAAACCAAGACCUCCCAAGCCAAGAUAUGCCGUGACCAUCGCAGUAUCUUCACGGACUUUAUUCAACAUGACUGAAGAAAGGAAAAUUUACGAGGAGGAAGGGCUAGAGACAUACGUCGCCCAUCAUAUAGCGCAUGAAAACGAACCGCUGAGACCCGGUGCGGCGUUUCCAUUUGUAAAGGCCCUCAUGACGGUGAAUGACAAACUGCGGGAACUCUACCCAGACAGCGAGGAGCUUUUCGACAUCGUUCUGAUGACUAACAACCAUGCCCAGGUCGGGGUGCGGCUGAUCAACAGCAUCAAUCAUUACGAUCUGACCAUUGAGAGGUUCUGCAUGACCGGCGGGAAGAGUCCCAUUGGCUACCUGAAGGCCUACAUGACCAACCUCUACCUCUCCAAGAACUCGGAGACGGUCACAGAAGCCAUAGAAGAAGGCAUUGCAGCUGCCACCAUGUUCAACUCCGACACGCAAAACCAGUUGUGUGAAGAUCAGCUGAGAGUGGCAUUUGAUGGCGAUGCUGUCCUCUUCUCCGACGAAUCUGAGAUCAUCGUAAAGAAACAUGGCCUGGACACAUUCUUUGAGCACGAGAAGGAGUAUGAGAACAAACCUCUUGCACAGGGUCCUCUGAAGUGCUUCCUGGAGGCUCUGGGCAAGCUGCAGAGGAAGUUCUACGCCAAGAACGAGCGCAUGAACUGCCCCAUCCGCACCUUCCUGGUGACGGCCCGCAGUGCAGCCAGCUCCGGGGCGCGCGUGCUCAAGACCCUGCGGAGCUGGGGCCUGGAGAUCGACGAGGCUCUGUUCCUCGCUGGGGCCCCCAAGGGGCCGCUGCUGCAGAAGAUCCGGCCGCACAUCUUCUUCGACGACCAGAUGUUCCACAUCGAGGGGGCACAGGAGCUGGGGACCAUCUCCGCCCAUGUGCCUUAUGGGAUUGGCCAGAAGUACCACAAAGGGAAGCUGAUUGAGAAGCCUGGUAGUAAGAAUUGAGGAUGCACUUAAAGGCACUGAUUCAUUAGUAGGUUGAUGGCUACACACAAAGAUGCAUCUUUUGUCACUGUUAGUUAUUAUUCAUAGAAUAUCUUUUCUACAGGUAUAGUGAGACUUAUAUAUUUUUUGUGAUAUUUAUCUUUGAUAUAACAAAUUAUUGAAUACUAUAGCAUAAUUGUCUUUUUCUAUCAAAUUGGGGUAUAGUAAUAUGCAUGUAUUGUGCAAGUUUUAGAUUUUAAAGUACCAAUGCUCUUUACGCACAAAGUUUUCACUCCAAACUACCAGAUGUGUCACUGAUAAUGUCAGUGGCAUUAUUUUAUAUAGGUAUUUUUUUUUAUUAAAUGUAGCCCAUUUUGUUUCUGCAGGUUAAUUAUGUUUGCAAAGAUGUGGGACUUGGGAAUUAGGAUCUGUGGAUAGUCAAAAAGAAAGAAAAGUUGGCUCUUCAACAAUUAUAAUUCUAACAGCAAUAGAGCACAUAUGGUGCAUGUAAAGUAUAUUAAUUGAGUGGUAGUAAAUAGUUUAAAAUAAUUUUACAAGCAAAUAUUAUAC